AUGUUUAACUGUGUCAUCAAAAUAGCUUCGUUUCUGAUAGUUGUUGGUGCGGCUGUCUACACGAUGGAAUGGCUGUCUCGAAUUUCCCGCCAAUUCAAAAAAUUUCGAUUGGUUGGAACCGUGACCAGCCUGCACUGCUACCCUGUGGCAUCGUGUGCUGGAAUGGUCAACAAGAACGCUACAUGUACCGUCAGAGGACUGAAGAUGGUUGGGGCAUAUGACACACAGUUCCUUAUUGGCAGAGAAACAGACAAGUCGUUCGCUGUUAUGUCACCCCAAGGAACCAUCAAACAGUAUUUCUGCUCGCCCAUGCGCCAGAUUAAAGCACUUUGUAACGGUCGGGAUCUCUUGCUGUCGUCAAUUGAAGGUGAUGAUUUCACCAAAUUACCGUUACAAAAGGAGGAAGGGAAAAAAGUGACAUUAUUACAACUGUACCGGGCGGAGAACAUCGAGGCCGUCAUCGAUCUUGGUGAUCGUAUGGCUAAGUGGUUAAACGAUACGCUGCAAGUUGAUAAACUUCGACUCUAUGAAGUGGUGUCUGAGGUUAUGUGUGUGACCCCUGGCAGAAGCACUUUUGGCAACUACGUAUUCGCUAUACAGGACAGCAUUGACUAUAUAAACAGAAUAAUCUCUGUUGAACCGAAGCUAUCAGCCACCUAUUUCCGACCCAACAUUGUGUUGACCGGCUGUAGUCCGCUAGAAGAGACGAAAUGGUCCUAUAUCCAGAUUGGAAAUGUCUGCUUCAAAGUUUCCGGCCCCGACUGCAGAAUCAUUUCAGACCGCAACAGCUCAACAAGUAUUAACUGGAAACAUGCCUGGGAGUUGGCCCCUGAAGUGCCAAACAAUGUCAGAGUCAUUGAUGGCUGCAAUAUUUCCGUAGACGUCGGGGUCAACGCCACAAUUAUUGAGGAAGGGGAGAUCAGUAUAGGAGAUCCUGUGUUUGCCUGCUACUAG